GGUGUGGGAAGGGGACGCCAUUUUGUUGUCCCGGAUCCCGGUUCGGAGGCCAGCUGCGGUUUACGAAGUACAGGUGGCGGCUUACGGUAGCAAACAAUUAGCAUUGAAAGUGUCAGGAAUCUAGCUGAACCAUGACAGACAUAAAGAACUUCUUGUAUGCUUGGUGUGGAAAACGCAAGGUCACUCCGAGUUAUGAUAUACGUGCAGCUGGUAACAAGAACAGGCAAAAGUUUGUUUGUGAGGUUCGAAUAGAUGGAUUUAAUUAUACUGGUAUGGGAAACUCCACCAGCAAAAAGGAUGCCCAGACAAAUGCUGCCAGGGAUUUUGUCAAUUACCUUGUUAGGACUGGAGUGAUGAAAGCUGAUGAGGUUCCUACUUUGAAGGGAAUUGAAUCUGAUUGUGUUAAUAGUGGUCAAAGUAGUGUGACGGAGGAAUUGCCAUUUGGUGGGCCUUGUGCUCCUCACUUAGCUUUGAAAAAAGAACAAGAUGCUGACAGUGGAGAGGGCAAGGGAGGAGGAUUCAGUGGUUAUUGGGAACGUGGAGCCAAUUUAAAGGAAUAUUAUGAGAGGAGAGAUGAACAGGAAGCUCAAGCAACUCUGGAAUCUGAAGGUUUGGAUUUGAAUGCUGGUCUUCAUGGCAACUGGACACUUGAAAAUGCCAAAGCUCAACUUAAUCAAUUUUUCCAAAAAGAAAAGAUUCAGGCAGAUUAUAAGUAUUCACAAGUUGGACCUGAUCACAACAGGAGUUUUAUUGCAGAGAUGACUAUUCACGUGAGACAGCUGGGAAGAAGAAUUGCAGCCCGUGAGCAUGGUUCGAAUAAAAAACUAGCUGCGCAAUCAUGUGCACUGUCUUUGGUCAGACAGCUUUACCAUCUGGGGGUGUUUGAAGCUUUUACUGGACACACGAAGAAGAAAGAAACAGAAAAAGUAGAACCAUAUGAGUUAAAUAUUGCUGGUGACUUGGAACAUCAGCUUGAAUCUGUUGUAAAUGAUCUUGGAUUGCAGCUUGUACCAUCACCUGAAGACCCUAAAAAUCCAAUUUCACUCACUGUUGGUAAGCUUGCUCAAUUUGAGCCAUCAAUUCGGCAGAGCUUUGCAGGAGUUGUGCCAUGGUCACCUCCACAAGUCAACUGGAAUCCUUGGACCAGUAGCAAUAUUGAUGAAGGGCCUCUUGCUUACGCAACACCAGAACAAAUCAGUGUGGACUUAAAGAAUGAGCUCCAAUAUCACAUGCAGAAUGAUAGCAAUCUACAACAUAUACUGAAUGAAAGGAGCCAAUUACCAGUUAAAAACUUCGAGGAUGAAAUACUCAAAUCAGUCAACUGCAAUCCAGUGAUCAUUAUUCGAGGUCAAACUGGGUGUGGUAAAACUACUCAGGUCCCUCAGUACAUCCUUGAUGAAUACAUCAGAAGUGGCAGAGGUUCUGAGUGUAAUAUUGUAGUCACACAGCCUCGACGUAUUAGCGCUGUCUCUGUUGCAGAGCGUGUUGGUUGCGAACGUGGAGAAGAACUAGGCAAGAGUUGUGGUUACAGUGUUCGUUUUGAAUCCAUAUUACCACGACCUCAUGGCAGCAUAAUGUUCUGUACUGUAGGUGUUCUGCUGAGGAAAUUAGAAGCUGGUCUUCGUGGUAUAAGCCAUGUAAUAGUAGAUGAAAUCCAUGAAAGAGAUAUUAAUACUGAUUUUCUCCUUGUGGUUUUGCGAGAUGUUGUCCAAGCUUAUCCUGACAUUCGUGUUAUUCUCAUGUCUGCCACUAUUGACACCACCAUGUUCAGAGAGUAUUAUUUUAAUUGUCCAAUAAUCGAAGUAUAUGGAAGAACAUUUCCUGUUCAAGAAUAUUUCUUAGAAGACUGUAUUCAGAUGACUCGAUUUGUUCCUCCUCCGAGAGACAAGAAAAAAAAGGACAAAGAUGAGGAUGGUGGUGGCGAUGAUGAGGAGGUGAACUGUAACAAUAUCUGUGGUGAUGACUAUGGGAUAGAAACCAAACGUGCAAUGGCUCAAAUGAGUGAAAAGGAGACACCUUUUGAACUAAUAGAGGCGUUGCUCAAGUAUAUUGAAACACUGGAUGUAGAUGGGGCAGUGCUUGUUUUCUUACCAGGCUGGAACUUGAUUUUUGCUAUGCAAAGACACUUGGAAACAAAUCCAUACUUUGGAAGCCAUAAGUACAGAAUUCUACCAUUACAUUCGCAGAUUCCAAGGGAAGAGCAGCGCAGAGUGUUUGAUCCUGUGCCAUCAGGAGUCAGAAAGGUUAUUUUGGCCACAAACAUUGCAGAAACAAGUAUUACGAUUAAUGAUGUAGUUUACGUCAUUGAUUCGUGCAAACAAAAAAUGAAACUCUUCACAUCUCAUAAUAAUAUGACUAACUAUGCCACAGUAUGGGCUUCAAAGACCAACUUAGAACAGCGACGGGGGAGAGCAGGACGUGUCCUUCCUGGCUUCUGCUUCCAUCUCUGUAGCAGGGCGCGAUUUGAGAGACUUGAAACGCAUAUGACUCCAGAGAUAUUCCGCACACCUCUUCAUGAAGUUGCUCUGAGUAUCAAACUACUUCGUCUGGGAGGCAUUGGACCAUUUUUGGCCAAAGCUAUUGAACCUCCACCUCUGGAUGCGGUUAUUGAGGCAGAACACACCUUGAGAGAACUUGAUGCUUUGGAUGCUAAUGAUGAACUGACUCCCUUAGGACGUAUUUUGGCCAGACUUCCUAUUGAACCACGCCUUGGCAAGAUGAUGAUUAUGGGCUGUAUAUUCCAUGUUGGCGACGCAGUGUGCACUAUAUCUGCUGCUACCUGUUUUCCAGAGCCUUUUGUUAAUGAAGGCAAGCGUCUGGGCUAUGUGCAUAGGAACUUUGCAGGAACCAGAUUUUCAGAUCAUGUUGCUCUGCUUUCGGUUUUCCAGGCCUGGGAUGAUGCAAGAAUGGGAGGAGAGGAUGCAGAAUUGAGGUUUUGUGAUCAUAAAAGGUUAAAUAUGGCAACUUUGCGCAUGACAUGGGAAGCUAAGGUUCAGCUAAAGGACAUCCUUAUCAACUCUGGCUUCCCUGAAGAGUGCUUGAUGACACAAGUAUUUAACAAUACUGGACCAGAUAAUAAUCUAGAUGUGGUUAUCUCACUGCUUUGCUUUGGACUUUAUCCCAAUGUCUGCUAUCAUAAGGAAAAAAGAAAGAUCUUAACUACAGAGGGGCGCAAUGCACUUAUCCAUAAGUCUUCGGUCAAUUGUCCAUUCAGCAACCAAGAUACAAAGUAUCCAUCCCCAUUCUUUGUGUUUGGGGAAAAGAUACGAACUCGAGCUGUGUCUGCAAAGGCAAUGACAUUAGUUAGUCCACUCCAAUUGCUCUUCUAUGGUUCAAAGAAGGUGACUUCAAAUGGAGACAUUAUUCUGAUGGAUGAAUGGAUAAAGUUGAAGAUGCCUCACUAUACAGCAGCUGCAGUUGUCGCUUUGCGUGCAGGAAUGGAGGCACUGGUUGUUGAAGUUGCUAAGGAUCCAGAAUUCAUACGACAAAUGGAUCCUACACAUGAGCGAUUGUUGAAUGUAAUCCGGCAGAUUUCAAAACCUGGGGCAGCAGGCAUUAAUCUUAUGGCAAAUUCAAGAUUUGGUGAUGGUCCUCGUCCUCCAAAAAUGGCACGUUAUGACAACCAGGGUUUUGGUGGAAGAGGGAGUGGUCGUGGAUCUGGUUACAGGGGAGGAGGUGGUUACGGAAGAGGCAAUGGCUAUGGUGGCUCACGUGGUAGCUUCAAUUCCGGAUACUAUGGUGGGGGAAGAGGUGGUAGUGGAGGAAGCUACCAAGGUAGUGGAUAUCGCAACUACCAAAGUGGAGGUCGUGGUGGUGGAGGAUAUGGGGGUUACCAAGGUGGUGGUGGUGGUGGUGGGUAUGGGGGCUAUCAAAGUGGUGGAGGAUACAGUGGCUACCAGAGUGGCAGUGGUGGUGGAGGAUAUGGAGGAGGAUAUGGUGAUCGUAGAGGUGGCUACUAGAGAGGUGCAUAACAUCAAAUGUUGCAUUUGUGCACUGUUUAUAUGUAUUGAUAAUAGUUUUGUAUUUAAUUAUUUUCAGAAUAGAAACAGUGCAUGCACAUUGCAAAUGUUGUAAUCAAUUUGUCAGUUCUUUUUAUGCAAAUAUUUUCUUUACUUGGUGUAUACUUAAGUGUAAAUUUAGAAUAAGGAAAUGUACUUGUGACACAUUUUAAAUGGCAGUUUAGAAUCCCCAGGAAUAUUAAAGUUUACUUAACAAAUUAGUAGUUUUGAAUGGCCAUAUGAUUUUCAUUCUAUUUGAGACUAGGAA